AUGAGUACAUCUACAGUAUCGACUAUUAAAAACCGUCCUGUCAUCGACUAUGGUCUUGCCCAUGCCCUUCUUUACGACCACCGAGGUGUACCGUAUAGGCUUCAAGAUCAAAUUCGUCAAUUUCAAAAGACGGCGGAACCAAGCCAGCCGGGUGGGAUUAUUGAACAAGCAGGCCUUACUAUAGCACACCUGCCUCGUCCCAAGAUCCUCUCUGAGCCACCUACCAAGCACGAAGACUAUCAAGUCCCAGUCGAUCCAUUUGUCUCGGCCUUUUCUUUGUUCCCCUUCUUAGGACGAACAAAACAGUUACGGUUUCCACCUGAAUCGCUUGAUUUGGGGUAUGAUACAAGGGGAGAAGUUGACCAAUAUCGAGACGAUAUACAGUCCGCAGGGUCAUGCAACAUUAUUGAAACAUGGCUACCGUUUGCCCAGGUCAGUAUUGAAAAGGACGAGGGUCUCGAAUUUCCAUCCACUGUAUCGCGGUGGAAAACAUUAGCCCUCCGUGAGAUGGAAGUCGAUGAAAUACCAGACUCGACACAUGAUGUGGCAUCUACGUACGAUCACGAAUUUCUUACGAAAACCUAUACACCAACACAGAUUAGAAAGAUCUUUGCCCUGAGAAAUUAUACCAGCGCGUACUUGAAACCUGUAUCUCCUCUGCUUUCUCCGGCAUCUGAACCAUACGAACCUUUUGUGCCUGAACCCGGCAUGGCGGUCAUAGACCUAACCUCGGAGCUAAGCAGUCCUAUUAAUACGGAAUUCGAGAGAUUGGAAUCAAACGUAGAGGAGGGCUGCCUCGACCCUCAAGCUCCUAGUCUACCGCACAUAUUUAGCUCUCCUCCAACGGCCACAGCAGCUUUCCUUGGCCCGAAGUCGAAGAGACUAUCCGAACUCAAAUUGGAAUUACCAUUGUUAUCAUCUAGUCCUGAAUCUAGCUUAAAGCUGGUUUCUGUGACUGCGGCUUUGAUGCUUACGGCAACAGAUUCUCAGGUGCCAUCGCAGUCUGAAGUUGAACAAGAAGGAAUUUUCGAAGAAGCGUUUCAAGCUUUCUUAGACGGCAAGCAUUAUGAAGUAAACCGUCAACUGGAACAAGAGCGAUUGAACCCAGCGGAUGCUUUGUUACGUGUGCCAAUACCUGCAAUCGAUUUUGACAUACCCAAUCCUGAAUGGGGUAACCAUUCAUCAAGCUCGAAAGAGCAGUUCAGGUGGCUAGUCCAACAACUAUCUUCUGCCUUUCAUCUUCCAUCUUUCGAAGGCCUGAGUCGCCUCGAAUCAUCACUCAAAUGGGCACCCAUACCUUUUGGAAGUGGUAGAGUAUCAUUGACUGAAGCCGACAUCCAACUGGACCCUCUCAGCAAAGAGCUACUACAGUUACAGCCUCCCCAGUUGUGCAGUCAGGAUUAUGCCGUUUCACGAUCAACGCCAAUGAUAUUUCAAGUCUUAUCAGAUGAAGAUACCGAGCAAGAAGUCCAAUCAAACGAGAUCAUCUCUCAUCGAGUUCGUCCAAAAGACAUUCCUCCCAACGAUAGCCAUAUGCUCAACAUGCCGUCACUAGAUGAUCUACUAGGGUCACGGCGUCAGACUUUAGGGAGUCAAGCUGAUGGCAAAGGAAAGAAGCGAUUGUUGGCCGACACUAAUGCGACUACUUCAAGCAGUUUAUUGUCCAAUUUCAUACAACUCAGGCAACCGAAAAGAUCCAAAACAAGCAGUGAUACUCCUCCAUCAAAUGUGCAGCCUACACCAAAGUCUCCGUCGGGCGUUACAGACGUGUGCAGCGACAUUCAAGAGGUUGCGCCAAAAGUAUUGAAGGAGGCUCCGGCUCCUUUCGCGGACAUACCUAGAGAAAAAUGCCGUUACAUUAUAUCCGUGGACUUAAGCCGUAACGUCUCAUCUUUCAUAGAGAAAUCCUCGUCGAAUAUUGAGCUUGUUGAUCGAGACUUUACCCAGCAUAACAUUGUCUCUUGGUCUCCGGGAUCGACCCAAAGAAAUGAAGUGAUUUCGCCGUUGGCUUUUGAGGCUGAUGUGUCUCUAUGUCCUACAGCCGGCUUGAUCAUGACCACCAUACUUAGAGUGAAACAGAAGCCUCUUCCGGGGUCGACCAUUCUACCACCGCUUCGCAAGCGUGUCAAGCUUGUGAGUGAGAAAUACGAAUGUCUCUAUAUACUAGUGUCCGAGGUAAACACACAGGGUGAGUAUGUUGGAUUGCCAAGUGCUUCUGACAUAGCCGGUUAUGCGGACUUCGUCCGCUUUACCACCAGCCUUCGAGCUGGCAUUUCAACCUAUUUGAUCUCCGGGGCAGAGGAGACACUUUCGAAAUGGGCGAUAUCUCUCAUGUCUCGUUACUCUUCAGCGGCUUUUCAGUUUGGGCAAUUCCUUGACUUUCGUGAUGGUCAAUGGGUUGUAUUCUUCCGUCGCGCUGGCUUCAAUAUCUGUGCAGCGCAAGUUCUAACGGGGUUAUUGUUGGCCGACUAUGGGCAAUAUGGACUCACAAACUUCCUCAAUAUGAGUGUGAAUGAAAGAGUAUCAAAAUAUGGACAGAUCAUGGGAGGCAAGAGAAUACUGAACAAUGUAUCAAAGGCCGUGGACCAAAGAUGGAUGUAG